CUCGCGAAGAGCGAGUCAAAGUUGUCGCUGUCUCCGUCGCUGUCUCGCUGUUGUCUCUCUGUCGCCUUAGCCCAACGUCAAUGUCCGCCCUCAGUUGCAUUUUGUCAGCGGUUUCGUGACAAAGCUCCAAGCGGCUUGCACCACACUCCCGUCUUGAAACCCGACCAGCGUCACAUCAAUAGUUGUUUUUGUUUGUUGUGUGUGUUUGUGUGUGUGAGUGAUCGGCAGAGGCAAACAAAAUUGUAACCCAAAGGAAGGAAGAUGGGCCAAGAGGAUCAGGAGCUGCUAAUACGUGGCAGCAGCAAGCACACCUCUGCCGAGCAUUUGAACAAUGGUGGGGAUGGUGGCGCCUCGCAGAGCUGCAUUAGCCAGGGACUUGGCCAGGCCAAGAACUAUGGCACCCUGCGGCCACCGACGCCACCAGAUGGCACUGCCAGCGGCCAACAGCCGGAGAAUCUCACCUAUGCCUGGCACAAUCUGGAUAUCUUUGGGGCUGUCAAUCAGCCCGGCUCCGGCUGGCGCCAGUUGGUCAAUCGCACGCGCGGACUCUUUUGCAAUGAGCGACACAUACCAGCGCCGCGGAAGCAUCUGCUCAAGAAUGUCUGCGGUGUGGCGUAUCCGGGCGAGCUGCUGGCCGUUAUGGGCAGCUCCGGGGCCGGCAAGACAACGCUGCUGAAUGCUCUGGCAUUUCGCUCGCCGCAGGGCAUACAGGUGUCGCCAUCGGGCAUGCGAAUGCUGAAUGGACAGCCCGUGGAUGCCAAGGAGAUGCAGGCACGUUGCGCCUAUGUGCAGCAGGACGAUCUCUUCAUUGGCUCGCUGACGGCACGCGAGCAUCUGAUAUUUCAGGCCAUGGUGCGCAUGCCGCGGCAGCUCAGCUAUCGACAGCGUGUGGCACGCGUCGAUCAGGUCAUCCAAGAGCUGUCGCUGAGCAAGUGCCAGAACACGAUCAUCGGGGUGCCCGGUCGCGUCAAGGGACUGUCGGGGGGUGAGCGCAAGCGUCUGGCAUUCGCCUCGGAGGCCCUAACCGAUCCGCCGCUUCUCAUCUGCGAUGAGCCCACCUCUGGCCUGGACUCCUUCACCGCCCACAGCGUCGUGCAGGUGCUCAAGAAGCUGUCGCAGAAGGGCAAAACCGUCAUACUGACCAUACAUCAGCCAUCGUCGGAGCUGUUCGAGCUCUUCGACAAGAUCCUGCUAAUGGCCGAGGGACGUGUAGCCUUUCUCGGCACACCCAGCGAAGCUGUCGACUUUUUCUCGUAUGUUGGGGCCCAAUGUCCCACCAACUACAAUCCGGCGGAUUUUUAUGUGCAGGUACUGGCGGUUGUACCGGGACGCGAGUCCGAGUCUCGGGAUCGAAUUGCCAAGAUAUGCGAUAACUUUGCUGUGAGCAAAGUGGCCAGAGAUAUGGAACAGCUGCUGGCCACCAAGAAUCUGGAACAGCCAAUGGAACAGCCCGAGAAUGGUUAUACGUACAAGGCCACCUGGUUUAUGCAAUUUCGGGCAGUGCUCUGGCGCUCAUGGCUAUCCGUGCUGAAGGAACCGCUGCUGGUUAAAGUGCGACUCAUCCAGACAACGAUGGUGGCCAUCCUCAUUGGAUUGAUCUUUCUCGGCCAGCAGCUAACCCAAGUGGGCGUAAUGAACAUCAAUGGCGCCAUCUUUCUGUUCCUAACCAACAUGACCUUCCAGAAUGUUUUUGCCACCAUCAAUGUUUUCACAUCCGAAUUGCCGGUGUUUAUGCGUGAGGCCCGAAGUCGUCUGUACAGAUGUGAUACGUACUUCCUGGGCAAGACCAUAGCGGAGCUGCCGUUGUUCCUCACCGUUCCCCUGGUAUUCACGGCGAUUGCCUAUCCUAUGAUUGGACUGAGGCCGGGCGUGCUGCACUUUUUCAAUUGCCUGGCGCUGGUCACGUUGGUGGCCAAUGUGUCAACAUCUUUCGGCUAUCUGAUAUCCUGUGCCAGCUCAUCCACGUCUAUGGCUCUGUCGGUGGGUCCACCCGUCAUUAUACCGUUCCUGCUGUUUGGCGGCUUCUUUCUGAACUCCGGCUCUGUGCCCGUCUAUCUGAAGUGGCUGUCGUACCUGUCCUGGUUCCGGUACGCCAACGAGGGGCUGCUCAUUAAUCAGUGGGCCGACGUGGAGGCGGGUGAAAUUAGUUGCACCUCCUCGAACACAACGUGCCCCAGCUCCGGCAAGGUCAUUCUAGAGACUCUAAACUUUUCCGCUGAGGAUUUGCCACUGGAUUACGUGGGACUGGGCAUCCUCAUUGUUAGCUUUAGGGUAUUGGCUUAUCUGGCACUGAGACUGCGGGCCAGACGCAAGGAGUAGAGCCGAGAUCAUAGUUAAUGAGGGUUUUUUUUUUUUGUAUGCAUGUAUGAGUACUCGUACGUGUGUGAGUAAUUAUUAUUAUUAUUAUUAUAAUUAUUGUAUCCAUUGUUUGGCCUACCCCCCAACCACCACCCCACAAAAUAACUACAUUUACUGUUACUUAGCUUGAAAUACUUGAAAAUAAAACAUGCUUUUUUACUUAAAAACAAA